UUUGCCGCCAAAUAAAAUAGUCCAAGUGCUGUCAAAUACGUUAAUAAAUAAUUGCAAUUAAUAAAAAUAUUAAUUGUAUAUUUAAAUUUCCUUAUUUUGCAUGGCGUGGUAAAGUGUGAAUUUAAUUAUUUCGGCAAUUUACGAAGUGUGGUGUACAUACGUAUAUUAGAAUAACGUUAAUGAAAAACGAAAAUAUGGAUGCAAACAAUACAUCCCAUCAAGUAUCCAAAACACCUAGGUCUAACAUUUUACGGCCCUGUGUUCCGUUACUUAAACCUGAAAAUGAUACACUGAUAUUUCAAGAAUUAGAAUUGGACCAUUACAUUGGAAAAGUAUAUGCUGGAAUGCCGGGACCCCAAACUGGUUUGGUACCAAUUAUUCGUAUGUUUGGAAUUACAAAGACGGGCAACAGCGUUUGCUGCCAUAUUCAUGGUUUCUCACCAUAUUUUUAUGUGAAUCUACCUGAGAGCUUUACUACUGCAAAUUUGGCACCAUUUAAGAACAAGUUGAAUGAUGCUGUACUUGCAGACACGAGACUGGCUAAUAAAAGUGAAAUCUCAGAGGCAGUGCUUAUGGUAGAAUUAAUAAAAGGAAAAUCUUUAGUAGAAUACACUGGAGAGAACGAUACAAAUUUUGCUAAAAUAACAUUAGCUCUUCCCAAAUUUGUUCCUGUGGCAAAACGGUUAUUAACUACUACUCUUGUUUAUCAACCUCUUGCAACUCAUAGUUUUUUCCCUUUCGAGUCGAACGUCGACAUUGAAACUAGGUUCAUGGUGGACUGUAACAUUCUAGGUUGCUGUUGGAUAGAGUUGCCAAUUGGUAAAUGGUAUUUCAGAUCAGAAAAGUCGUCAUUUCCAGUCACCAGUAGAUGUCAAAUUGAGGUUGAUGUAUCAUGGGCAGACUUUAUCGCACAUGCUCCCGAGGAUAAAUGGGCAUCGGUAGCUCGGUUUAGAAUUCACAGUUUUGAUAUUGAAUGCGCCGGAAGAAAAGGUAUUUUCCCUGAACCUGAUGUUGACCCAGUAAUUCAAAUUGCAAAUGUCGUAAAGCUUCAUGGGGAAAAUGAUAUUCUUACGAGAAAUAUAUUUACACUUAAAUCUUGUGCUCCCAUUGGCCAUGCAGAGGUUUUUAGUUUUGAAAGGGAAGAAGACAUGUUGGAAGCGUGGGCGGAUUUUGUGAGGAAUUUGGACCCCGACAUUUUUACCGGUUAUAAUAUAAAUAACUUUGACUUUCCGUAUCUUAUAGAGAGAGCUAAACAUUUGAAGUUAAAGCAUUUUCAGUUUUUAGGCAGAUUAUUGAAUGUUAGGUCAGAAGUAAAAGAGACGGUUACCCAAACCAAAAUUGGUCGCAGAGUAUAUAAAUCCAUUAAUUUUGAGGGUAGAGUACCGUACGACAUGUUAUUGGUAAUGAAACGUGAUUUUAAACUGCGAUCAUACUCUUUGAACAGCGUUUGUCAGGAAAUUUUAGGAGAACAGAAAGAAGACGUGCAUUACAGCAUAAUUACAGAUUUGCAAAAUGGAGACGAUCAAACUAGAAGGAGAUUAGCAGUGUAUUGUAUAAAAGAUGCAGAGCUGCCAUUGAGGUUACUGGGCACGGUGCUCAGUUUUACAAACGAUGUAGAAAUGGCCAGAGUAACCGGAGUGCCCAUUACUAGCUUGUUAACCAAAGGAGAACAAGUUAAAGUUGUCGCCCAACUUCUUAGACAUGGAAAAGCGGCCGGUUAUUUUAUGCCGGCACAUCAGGGGGGCCCUUCAAGUGACCAGUACGAAGGAGCCACAGUUAUCGAACCGAUAAGGGGAUAUUAUACUGAACCGAUUGCAACACUCGAUUUUAGUUCUCUGUAUCCUAGUAUUAUGAUCGCUCAUAACUUGUGCUACACUACUCUUUUGAGAGCUCCUAUGAAAGAAAAAUUAGGCUUAACAGAUGAUCAAGUGACGACAACACCAGCAAAUUGUAUGUUUGUAAAAUCAUCAGUGAGGCCAGGACUCCUCCCAUAUAUUUUACAACACCUCUUAGCAGCUAGAAAGAAGACGAAAGCUCUUCUAAAAGACGAAACUGAUCCCAUGAUUAAAACCGUAUUAAAUGGCAGACAAUUGGCAUAUAAAAUAUCUGCAAAUUCUGUUUACGGCUUCACAGGAGCACAAGUUGGGAAAUUACCUUGUCUGGAAAUAUCAGGGAGUGUUACUGCCUACGGUAGAACGAUGAUCGAACAAACAAAGCAAGAAGUAGAACAGCACUAUCGAAUUGAGAACGGUUACAAGGCUGAUGCCACUGUGAUAUAUGGAGAUACCGAUUCGGUUAUGGUAAACUUUAAAGUUAGCAAUCUUAAAGACAGCAUGGAUUUGGGGAAAGAGGCUGCCAAACUUAUAAGUGCCAAAUUUAUCAAACCAAUCAAUUUAGAAUUUGAAAAGGUAUACUUUCCCUAUUUAUUGAUUAACAAAAAGAGAUAUGCAGGACUUUAUUGGACCAAUACUGAAAAUUAUGACAAAAUGGACUGUAAGGGCAUUGAAACAGUGCGUAGAGAUAAUUGCACUUUGGUUGUCGAUGUGAUUAAUACCUGCCUUCAGAAACUACUGAUUAAUAGAGAUCCUGACGGUGCUGUAAAGUACACUAAACAAGUUAUAUCUGAUCUGUUGCAAAAUAACGUGGACAUUUCACAAUUAGUCAUAACAAAAGAGUUGACUAAGCAAGAUUACGCAGCCAAACAGGCACACGUCGAGUUGGCGAAGAAGAUUACCAAAAGAGAUCCAGGCAACGCACCAAAAUUAGGGGAUCGUGUCCCGUAUGUUAUAGUAGCCGGAACAAAGAAUGCAAAAGCCUUUGAAAAAGCGGAAGACCCCAUUUAUGUGUUGGAAAACAAUAUACCAAUUGAUUGUAACUACUAUCUCGAAAAUCAGCUGUCAAAGCCAUUGAUUAGAAUUUUUCAACCAAUUCUAGGAGAUAAUGCGGAAUCUAUACUUUUGCGGGGAGAACAUACACGUACUAGAACUAUGGUAACGUCAAAGGUAGGAGCUUUAGCAGCCUUUACGACAAAGAAGGAAACAUGCAUAGGCUGUAAAUCAGUUUUACCGAAAGGAUAUGAGAGCGAAGCAGUGUGUUCAUAUUGUAAACCUAAAGAGGCAGCACUGUACCAACAGGAAUUGUGUCACCACAGAAUGUUGGAGGAUCGGUUCGCUUCCUUGUUCACAGAGUGCCAGAGGUGUCAGGGUUCUUUGUUUGAAGAAAUUUUAUGUACGAGCAGAGAUUGUCCCAUAUUUUACAUCCGUAAGAAGGUGCAAAUGGAACUUGGAACGAGUACGGCAAAAAUAAAAAGGUUUGGUGAGCCCAUUAUAGAAGAACUGUUUUAAAAAUUUCGACUUAAUGUAAUAUACUGUUUCGUUUUAAUACAGUAUUUUCAGAUAAAAGAUCGUUUUUCAUCUAAAAAGUACCCUUUCCUGUAGAAUAUUUGUACUAGUGUUAGUACAAAUAACUAAUAAUAGUAGUUUUUUGUAUUCACACCUCAAAGUCGGGAAAAUAUCUGCCGUAUUACAAACAUCUUGUAAACUGAUAAAUUAGGAAUUAAAAUAAAUGUAAUAAAAUGAAGCAGUACCAUAAAUAAGCUAAAUGGUCAUUCUCAUUUCACUAAAUUAACGUUGUCUGUUUGUUUUUUGUCUACCUAGCUUCUUGUCAUAUCACAUUAGGUGGAUUGACUUGUAUAGGUAGUUCACCUAAUCUAGGUCAAUGUCGGAGAUUAUUGACACUGGGUUUCGUAAACUAAGAACAAUGCUUUAA